GGGUCGGGGCACGCGGGCUGCCUGCGCGGGCGCGCCGACCUAGCUGCGCUGCCGGUGCCGCCGCCGCCGCCGCCGCCGCUGCGGGCCGCCCGAGGGCCUGUCUUGUGAGGGUGCGCGGGGCCAGGUGGCGUCCGCCUGAUUCCAGGCUCACCCGUCACCAUGAAGCUGUGGCACCCAGCCCUCCGCAGCUGCUUUCUGCUGGCCCUGCUCGGCGUGUGGACAGCUGCUCCUGAAGCUCACGCUGUGUCUGCGGGGAUGCCCGCCAUCAGCGCAGCCUCUUUCCUGCAGAACCUCAUGCAUCGCUACGGGGAGGGCAACAGCCUCACCCUGCAGCAGCUGAAGGCCCUGCUCAACCACCUGGAUGUGGGCGUGGGCCGGGACAACGUCUCCCAGCCCGUGCAGGAACCGCGGAACCUCUCCACGUGCUUCAGUUCUGGAGACCUCUUUGCUGCCCACAACCUCAGCGACCAGUCGCGCAUCGGGGGACGUGAGUUCCAGGAGUUCUGCCCCACCAUCCUCCAGCAGCUGGAUUCCCGGGCCUGCUCCUCCGAGAACCAGGAGAACGAAGAGAACGAACAAACAGAAGAGGGGAGGCCCAGCGCAGUUGAAGUGUGGGGGUAUGGUCUCCUCUGUGUGACCAUCAUCUCCCUCUGCUCCCUCAUGGGGGCCAGCGUGGUCCCCUUCAUGAAGAAGACCUUUUACAAGAGGCUGCUGCUCUACUUCAUAGCUCUGGCGAUUGGAACCCUCUACUCCAACGCCCUCUUCCAGCUCAUCCCCGAGGCUUUUGGUUUCAACCCUCUGAAAGAUUAUUAUGUCUCCAAGUCCGCAGUUGUGUUCGGGGGCUUUUAUCUCUUCUUUUUCACAGAGAAGAUCUUGAAGAUACUCCUUAAGCAGAAAAAUGAGCAUCAUCAUGGACACAGCCACUAUGCCUCUGAGACGCUCCCUUCCCAGAAGGACCAGGAGGAGGGGGUGACAGAGAAGCUGCAGAACGGCGACCUGGACCACAUGAUUCCUCAGCACUGCAGCAGUGAGCUGGACGGGAAGCCCCCUGUGAUGGACGAGAAGGUCAUCGUGGGCUCCCUCUCUGUCCAGGACCUGCAGGCGUCCCAGAGCGCCUGCUACUGGCUGAAAGGCGUCCGCUACUCUGACAUCGGCACGCUGGCCUGGAUGAUCACCCUGAGCGACGGCCUCCACAAUUUCAUCGACGGGCUGGCCAUUGGUGCCUCCUUCACCGUGUCUGUCUUCCAAGGCAUCAGCACCUCGGUGGCCAUCCUCUGCGAGGAGUUCCCACAUGAGCUAGGAGACUUUGUCAUCCUGCUCAAUGCUGGCAUGAGUAUCCAGCAGGCUCUCUUCUUCAACUUCCUGUCUGCCUGCUGCUGUUACGUGGGCCUGGCCUUCGGCAUCUUAGCCGGCAGCCACUUCUCUGCCAACUGGAUCUUUGCCCUGGCUGGAGGAAUGUUCUUAUAUAUUUCUCUGGCUGAUAUGUUCCCUGAGAUGAACGAGGUCUGCCAAGAGGAUGAAAGGAAGGGCAGUAUCUUGAUCCCCUUCGUCAUCCAGAACCUGGGCCUCUUGACUGGUUUCAGCAUCAUGCUGGUCCUCACUACGUAUUCAGGACAGAUCCAGAUCGGAUAGGGCCCUGCCAGGAGCCGGCGGGAUUGGCAGUCUGGCCCUUGGCUGCUCAUUCCCUGGCUCUAGGACUCCUCAUCCAGGAAGCACCUUGGAAGAGGCAGUUCUAUUAAAAACUGUGACACGGACUGUAUUCCUGCAUUCAAAUGUCAGCUGUUUUUUAAAAUACUCUAUCCUAGGAAUAAGCUGCUCUGGUAACCAGCCUCUAGGUAGUGCCUCUCUCCCUUUCCUUUUCUUUCUCAGAGUGAUUCUAGAACUGAAUGCAGCUUCUAAAAGACAAGCCUAACUUUUUUCUCUGGUCACCCUGGCCUCUUUCUCUUCCAACCAGCACUGAGACAUUUUGAAUCCUUGGGCCGACAAUGCAGAAAGAUAACCAGGGCUCACAACUUGAUUAGAAAUAUCAGGAGGUGAGUCUAUAGUUGAGGGCCCGUAAAUCUAAAUGUGUUUCCUGGGCCUCAAGGUGACCCAUUUUUAAGUGAAUUCGCCUAUUUUUACAGAAAAGGUACAGAAGACAGGAAUCCCUCUUAUUUUUUUCAAAGUCUGCUCAGUUGCCUAUUCUGUCAAAGAGAACUGAAAGCUGGAAACAGAUGCGUAGGGCCGGAGGAGAGGCAAGGAUCAUCCAGGCGGGGGAGGUCAUGUCAGGACACUUACUUGUUCCUGCUGGGCUGCUGGACAUUGGUUCUGCACCUGGAGUUUCGUGGCCCUCCAGGUGAGCCAGCAGGUAGGUCCUGUUGCCUCCGCCUCCCCUCCUUUCAGAUGAACACUGGCAGACUGGAGGGCGGAGAAGAGAGACCUGUGAGAAGGCUGUUGGCUUGGCUGUGAUUUCCACCCCCCUUCCCCCACCGCCAUCUCCUGAGAGACUCCCCGGAAGCAUAUUCUAAUAAGCACACUGAUACCCAUGUUGGAGGGGAGCUCGCACACGUUCACCUCCCCUGUUCAACCCUUGUGCUGCCAGGUGGCCAGGUGACUUGCAGAACUGGAGUGCCGCUUGUGGUUCUUCUGGACAAGGGUGAUCAGAAGUGGGAUCAGUACAGGCAACAUAUAGGCUUUACUAAUUCCAUAAGUAACAGUGCAAGCAAUAGAACUCUGAGACGGAAGGUCCAGAGCUUGGAUGGGGGCAUCCCUGGUGUUCGCAGAAUAGAGGGCCCACGGGUUCCGCCACACCGUCCGGGCUCCUCCUUCCUCCUUCACCCCAAAAAAGCAAGGGCGAAUCCUGUGUUGAACUGAAUAUGAAUUGCUCUAACUCUCUCCAGAAAAAUGGAUUGAUGGUAGACUUGUGUGUGAGACCGUAGGCCAGCCGCCGGCCUCGUGGCGCCCUCUCCUCAGAGCGCGGGCUGCGAGGGGAGCUAAUCUCCAGGUUCACUAGGUGAAUUGCUUUAUUAUUAUCAUAUUGAUAAUGUGAGCCUCUUAAGCCACUCUGGGGAGCCAGCCUCUCCAGAAGCCUUCCUCAGUGGUGCCCCCAGUCACAGCCCAGGGGCUGUGUCCGCAGACUGACUUGUGCACGUGGCUGACGAGUGCUGGUCCGUCACCACUGCCCAUGGGCUUUCCCACUCUGACAGGAAAACGUUCCACUCUAAGAUAAUAAAAAGCAGCAUCUACUCUGGGGUUUUUUUGUUUUGUUUUGUUGUUUGUUUUUUUUCCCUUGGGAAACAUCCCUCAAACCAGGAAUAUUCUUAAAAAGAACAUGAGCGGGAAAACCGCUGGCGAUGCUUUAUAAGUUUUUCUCAUCUUGCCUGUUGACUUGGAUAGAUUUGAGAAUGGGCGGAAGAAGCAGGAAAACUCAGUUCUCAAGAUUCUAGAUGACCUAUCAGGACAGACUCCUGGUAGGAUUAUGGUCCAGUUUUUACCAAAGAACCAAUUCCUUGAAUGUUGGAAUCUAACUUUUUGUAUUGUUAUUAUUCUUGUCAUUGUUACUGUCUUAACAUGAUUCCUUGUCUUUCUCUUUGAUUUUUCUCAAAUUGCUUUCAGGCGCUAGCAGGAAAUAACACUCAAACCUUAGGACUUUAGAAGAUUUUGCUUCCCUUAAUUCACAUGGAUGUAUUAAAUUUAUAAUUUUAGCAUUCCCUAUAGAUCUGUCAUUCCUUACAAAUACCGUUAUUCUUGGAGUAGAAUCCUAAGUAAGAGUUAGUGGGUUUCUAGUUUUAGGAAAAGAGCUCAAAAAUGUAACCUUGAGCAAAUUAAAAAAUAAAAUAUGGUGUAGUAGGGUGCUUUCCCUUCUCGUGCACAUCUGUAUUAAGAACUAACUUUCCUUGCACAGACAGCUGCCUCAAAGGGAAAUUCUCUUCAAACUGUCAUUGGUCCAGAGGCCAGUCCUAGUUGGAGCUUGGGGUGGAGACACUGGAAUCGUGCAACUCGUGUGUUGCUGUUGGCGACAGAUUUGCCUCACGAAUUUAAAAUUUUUGAAGUGUUGGAUUUGCUGUUUUAAGCAUUUGUACAUAUUAGAAGUCUGAGUAGUAGCAAGUUCUGAGGACCUUUUUCACCUCUGGCAUUAUCUUCAACCUUUCUUUGCCCACGUGGACCAGCUCCCAUUAAGGAUAACAAGGAAAGUAUGUGUCACAUGCAGGAGCAGUGACCCAGUAGCAGGGGUUCUGCUGCUUCUCACCCCCACCCUGGCUUGCAGGUUGCCUUCUGUCCUUGCCCCAAAGCUUUUUUGUGUCUGGUGUCAACUUAGGUCUUUCCUUCAUUGGUCCUUCACCCUCGGUUUUUAAAAAGAAGGCUUCUCUGUUCGGGUAUCCUAAGACCUGUUUUUAGUAACACCUCUUCUACAUGGUAGUAUGGAGAUGGUAAUAUGUUAGAAAUCUGCUUAAAAAAAAAACAAAAAGUUGUCUGAUUUUUGCAAAAGAGAGAGGUUAGAUUUUUAUUAUUCAUAUUUCCUUUUACAGUUCUGCAAUUCCAUCACAGUAUUUUUUUAAAUAACUCAGGUGUUAUGAGGAUAAAUUAGAGAAGAAAACAACUUAAGUUAUGUGGACUGUAAAUGUUUUUAUUUGUAAGAGUCUAUAAAUAAAGCUAUAUUCUAUAA